UCGUUGUGCAGACAGUCACAUACCAGCGAUUAAGGUAACGGGGACUACCGACCAGGGUGUGCAUUGCUGAAAUAGACUCCUGACACGACACAUAUCGACCCAUGGUGCACACUGUUUGUCUGUGACAUGUACUUGACGUUGCAAAUCGGACCACGAGCGUCUCGUUAAAACCUCUCAACCUGUCUCUCUGUGAUUUGUACAUGACGUUUGACAUCGGACCACGAGCGCCUUGUUGACACUUAUCAACCUGCUACAGCUGCAGGUGACUUCCACGGCACCAUGGAGAAACUUACACUUCAUAACCUCGCCAGAGAAGGUGACGACAAGAAGCUGAAUGCCGUGCUUGACAAUCAUGAGAACAGUUACGUGGACUUCGACACUCGAGAUUCAAACAACCUGACAGCUUUGCAGUGUGCAGUCAUCUGGGACAAGCCACAUGUCCUUAGUGUACUACUUCACGAUGAAAGAACAGAAAGUGCCCGCCAGGUGCGAGACAGCGAGGGUCUGUCCCUGGCACACUAUGCAGCCAAGACUGUCCGGGGGAACAUUAAUCCCGGCAUCUGUAUCGACGGCAGCGUCGUCCAUCGAGACAGCGGCGAGGAGGGGAGGUCUUGCCUGAAAGUCAUCAUAGACAGUGACAAAGAACAGAAAAGAAAAUGGAGGAAGAAGAGCGGACGCAAGAGGCUGACCCUGGAGGAAGAUGCGGAGAAGCGGGAGGAGAAGCUGCUGAUGUAUAGCCGAGAUCUCGGGGGACAGUCACCCAUGCACUAUGCCGUCAUGUCCGGGAACAAACACGCCGUUGAACUCCUGAACGACAACGACGACACCUCGAACGCAGCCACCGACAGCAGACAUGAAAAGACAGCAGAAUGGCAAGAUGACAAGAAAAAACUCAUAUAUAGUGCAGACCGCCAUGGCAUGACCCCUCUCCACGUAGCUGCUAAAUAUGGUCAGGUGACGAUAGCCACGUACCUGCUGGACAAAGAUGCGAGCAGCCUGUCCCUGGACGGCGACAACUCCACCCCCCUGCACUAUUCAGCCGCGGCCGGCAACCUGGACAUGACCAACCUGUUCCUGGAGAGGACAGAAAAUGUCACUGAACAGCUCGUGAACCAAAAGGACAAAGAGGGAAACACGGCACUCCACCUUUCUGCAGAGAACGGACACGAGAAAGUAGCAAAUAUCUUGCUCAGCAAAGGUAUAGAUGUCAAGUUGACACAGGCGAGGAAUGACGGUAUGUGGCCCGUCCACCUGGCGGCCGCCUCUGGUAAACUGUCUAUUGUGGAGGAGCUGACAAGUCAACCUGAGGACUUCAACAGGACAAACCGGCACAACUCCACGGCACUCCACAUCGCUGCCCAGUACAACCGCUGCGACGUCGCCAACUACAUCUUGCAACAAAAGGAUGGCUCGCUCGGGCGAAAAGAUAAGGACGGGAACACGGCCCUCCAUAUAGCUGCCAGAUAUGGACACACAAAGUUGGUGAGAAGUCUGAUGGAUAGAGGGGCUGAUAUCAGCUCCACCAACGUCCAGAGACAGAUACCGUUACAUGCUGCAGCAGAGCACGGACACAUGGACACCUUCAACGUGCUUUUGACGCCUUCUAAUCCCACCAAUUCAAGCGAAUCUCUGAAAGUGGACGUUGAGACGAAAAAGAAAAUUGUUGAACUCCUGGAGUCUUUGGUCGGUGCAGGAGACCCACAAGAGAAGGAGAAAAUCAUAGGAUCAAUUUCAGAAGUACUGCAGAUUCUUUUGUCUUCUAAAAAACAGUCAGGUGUGAAUGACGUUACACGACAGAAGGCUGCACAACUGAUACAGACUCUGGUAGAUGUCAAAGACACCAAAGAAAAGGAAAGAUUGAUAAAGAGAAUAUCAGAGGUACUUCAGGAAGCACCCGGAGUCUUGACUCUUGAUGAAGAUGACGCAGGGAAACGCUUCCAGCAUAUUGUCACGAUGGUUGUGGAUGUGAAAAGAUGGAAGAGCCGCGCGGCCAAAACACCACAAGACAACGGUGUGGAGUCUGGAAGCAACCUAGCGAACGAGAGAAACGUCAGACGACAAAGCAAGGGAACUAACUCUGUACAGCCACUGAAUGGGGGCAGCAGAGGGGGAAGUGCGCCAGUAGCACCAUAUGAGUCGCUGCUGGGACUGCUUCACGCUCACAUCUGGAUCAACUCGGAGGACCAGAAAGGGAACACACCGCUACACCUGGCGGCGUCCAGUGGCCAAGAGGAUAUUGUUACGUGCAUCUUGAGAAAUUAUUCCGUGGUCCCAAACCGAAAGAAUAAUUCGGAGAGAACAGCGCUACAUCUGGCUGCCAUCAAGGGAAACACUAGGUCCGCGGAGGUAAUAGUGAAGGGGAGCGGGAACGCCGUGUUUGCCGAGGAUCAGGGCGGAAACACCCCCCUCCACCUGGCCGCUCAGGGGAGACACAAGGACACCGUACAGUUACUUCUUCUCCACGGAGCCGACACAAAACACAUGAAUGCAUCAGGCCACAACGUAUUGGACUUGGCCGCCUCUAGCGGGUGUGAAGAGACCUGUAACAUAUUGAUUCGGUUCGACUCCCACGCCAAGGAAGAUCUACAUCAUAAAACCAGCCCUCUGAACUUGGCGUGCAAAAAUGGACACCUUCGAGUGGUCAAACUGCUGUUAGAGAACGAUGGCGACGUCAAUGUUAAGGACGAAAGAGGACUGAAUUGCCUUGACCUUGCUGUGGACAAUAAACACAGAGACGUCGCUCGCCACAUCAUCCGGUCCACCCAAUGGAAAGAUGCUCUUAAAAACAGCGUUAAAGCAUCAAAGGGUAGCUGCACCUGCGAGUUGUCUUGCGCGUGUGUUAAAAAGUCCAAGAACAGAGUUGACACACCCAUGCGUCGACUCAUAAAAAAAAUGCCAGAUGUUGCCUAUGAGGUUCUGGACAAAUGUAUCGACUCCACAUCGACGUCCAAGCAGCCCCUGUCUGACUAUCAGUUUAUUGAUGAUCUGUACGAGUCCUGGAUUUCUACAGAUAAUCCAAAAGACAGCGAUGGCAAAAUGUCCAAGGAAAAACAAAAAAAGAAAAAAAACAAAGAUCUGACCCCUUAUACAAAGAAAGCUCGCACCAUCAAGAAGAACCACCCCCUCAAGAUCAUGGUGAAAUAUGGCCGAGACGAGCUGCUGCAGCAUCCGUUGGUGAGGAAUCUGAUCACGACGAUGUGGUGGCAGUUCGGGUUGUACUACUACCUGGCGACGGCUCUCUUUCACACCUUCUUCCUCCUCCUUCUCUCGAGAGUCGUCCUGAUGAGCAAGCCACCGCAUGAAUAUCUUUCCUAUGAGAUUGAGAGUGUACGAAGCGACUCGUGUAGAUCGGUAAUCGACCAGACAGACCUCAGUGACUGGCUGGUUGCAGAGAAGGGCAUCAUGUACGCCCUGAUGGUGAUCGGCGUUAUCUUUGAAAUCCUCCAGAUUUACACCUCAAGAUCCGCCUACUUCACCAGCCUGGAGAAUUAUGUUGAGUGGGUUGUCUUCAUCCUUUCCUUCCUUUUCCUUCUCGAUUUCAACCUUUGCUACGCAUAUACCGGAUUCAGAGAGGAAUGGCAGUGGUCUCUGGGCGCUUUCGCCCUCUUCUUCUCCUGGAUUGACCUGGUGCUAUACCUCAAGGCGUUCACGUCCCUAGGCUUGUAUGUCAUCAUGUUCCAGCUCGUAUGUUGGACGUUUCUCAAGGUGUUUGUGGUCUUCUUCUGCCUGCUUGCAGCAUUUGCGCUUGGUUUCCAUACACUGUUGCAAAACCAGAUUCCAUUUCGGGACGUUGCCAACUCCAUCCUCCGAACAUCGGUAAUGUUCAUCGGGGAAAUAGACUAUAAUGACAUAUUCAAUGCUGGUGUCAACGCUACUGGCGAUGAAUAUGGGAAGGACAACAACCUAAUCUACCCGACAGCAACAUCUGUCAUGUUCUCCACCUUCAUCCUACUGGCCUGUAUAGUACUGAUGAACCUCUUGGUUGGACUGGCAGUAGAUGACAUCAAAGGCAUUACUCGAGAGGCGACAUUCAAGAGGACGUCAAUGCAUGUUGACAUGGUUUUAGAUGUAGAGACAGUUCUCUAUAAAUCCCACCGCCAGAAGUGUUACCGUAAGCGGAGGAAAUGUGUGGCCAAGGAUAAAGUCAAACAGCGCGGGUUCUGGCACUGGUUGAAACAUCUGCCCAUCUGGUGGUGGAAUCAACAGGUGGAGACAGAUGAAAAUGCUAUUCUGAAAUGUAUCCCCGAACUCAUAAAGCGUCAAGAAGAGCUGCAUGAGUUGCUGUUGGGGAUGAACAAGGAGCUGCUGGCUCAGAACCGCCGGAUGGAGAAGUUCCUACAGGUCAAGGGGGAUGCCGAGAAGGCGGAGAGCAGUCAUAACGCCGAAUUGGAGAAGGAGGCCAACAGCCUCACUUUGCACCACGCAUAGAGACUGGGAGGGCCUGAGUGUCCUAGUUGUCUCAGGCAUCGUAAUUCGCUGUGUAGAGUUGCUGCCUUCAGCCGUGCCAACCUCAGCUGAUCGAGGGUUCGAUCCUCCACACAACUGACCCGCUGCGAUAUAACUGUAGAGCCGCACUUACCCAUUUACUCGUUGAUACUGGAAUGCUCGUGCCAAUGUUUGAAAUCCAUUUCUGGUGUCCCCCCUCCCUCCCCCGCCUUAUGGAUGGAGUAAUGCUCGCAGUGGUGUACAACCAUAUUCACACCCUUACACACGUUUGCAGUUUCGUUUUCCGUGAGUGAGUGACAGCUGCAUUCUAAGUGAAACUGUGGAUAAUCAUUAAGACAAAAUACAGUAGAACAUGGAUAUAACGAACUACAAGGGAGCAGAAAAGUCAGUUCGUAAUAUCCGUUGUUCGUUUUACACGUUUUCGUGCGCAAACGUCCGCCAUCUUGGAUAAAUCAAAACACAAUACACGUAAUUGCAUCAUUGACUUGUAUUAGCUUACUGUGGUUUUCAACUAUAUUCACACCCUUACUCACGUUAGCAGUUUACCGGGAGUGAGUGAUUGCUGCAUCCUAAGUGAAACUGUGGAUAAUCAUUAUGACUAAGUACUUGUAAAUUUUGCUUUGUUUUGAUGUGAGUUAAAUUGUCGAUAACAAUAUUUUGAAGAAUUAAAUCGUCGAUAACAAUAUUUUGAAUAAUGUUGAAAGUAGUUGUAUUAACAAUGCUGUCAAUGAAAUCGCUGUUUAAUUGCCAUCUUGGUCCUGCAUUCUUUUAGCUGCCAAUUUGAUCCUGCAUUCUUGUAGCCGCCAUCUUGGUCCUGCAUUCUUUUAGCUGCCAACUUCAUCCUGCAUUCUUGUAACAGCCAUCCUGACCUUGCAUUCUUUUAGCCGCCAUCUUGGUUCUGCAUUCUUUUAGCCGCCAUCUUGGUCCUGCAUUCUAUUAGCCGCCAUCUUGGUCCUGCAUUCUAUUAGCCGCCAUCUUGGUCCUGCAUUCUAUGUCCUAUGUUAUGUAUUGUUUGUCUUAUCUUUAAUAUUGAGAUAUUUAUGGAGGUACGAUUUGAUUCUUGUCCUUUCUCUGUACCAUCCAGCUAUAUAUAGUUUUCGGGCAUGUAUGUUUCUUCCAUGCGAACUUAAUGCUUGCUACAGUUACUUGUUUGUUUUGCUUAUUAAUACUUUAUUUAACCUUUGAAGCCUAAAUUUAUCUCUUGAAGAGCAGAGGCUAAAUAACACAUAAAAUGACAGGUUUCAAUACUUCCUUGUCAAGUACCCCAACAUGAAUGAUGUUAAUAAACAUCUUGGUCGCUCUGAUCAUCAGAGAGUUUUCAAAAGUAAUGUCAUUUCAACCAAGUUGGCGUAAAGAUACAGGACCAAGAUAGCGACAUUCUUCUCCUGUAAGUGAACAUAAUAAAAAUUAGACUAUGCUUUAGAUAAGGCUUUUUGAAUAUGUGACCUAUGACCCUGAUCACGUGGCAUGUCGUCUCUAGGCCAACCUUUGUAACUAAUCACACAUGAUAUCACCACGUUACGACUGUUGAUCCUGCUUCAAACAUGAUAACUUGAGUGUGGGAUAACCUAGACUUAUUGUAUCUUUGUCAUAUAAACGAACGGUUUAAUAUUACCGUGAUACAAACACAUCUCUGACUGUUCCAACACUAGGAAUGAAAUGUCACUGAGUGUUGUCACUGAAGACUGGUUUCCCUGCGUGUUUUGUAUUCUCAGUGCAACAUAGAAUCAUUACAAAAGUAUUUUGUACAUUGCCAUGGAAAAUAAAUACAUCAAACUU